UUUCAGCUGCAGACAGAGAUGAUCAGCUGAAGAGGGAGAAGUGGCCAUGCCUCCUUCAUGCCCUCUGCUUUGCAAGCCGGGCUUGGGAGAACUGAUGGACAGCUGAGGACAUCUGACUGCAAGAAAAGAGGCCGCUCCCCUUGCUGGUCCAAGGGAAGAAGAGUGUCACUGGGGAGAUCAAUCCCCUCCCAUAGCUCUGGAUCUUACCAUCCACCUCUCUACUGUCAUAAUUUCUGGGGCUGAGACCCAUCUCUGAGCCAUGCAGGACGCAGCACUUUCAGGAGGCACCCAUGGCUUUGGGACGCGAUGUUCGCUGCUCCUGCUUUUGGCCUUUGCUGUCAUUCUCCUGGAUCCUGUCCACUCUCAGCAAUGCUCCUUGGGAAGCCCUUCGCCCAUCCUUCAGUUUGCUGAUGUGGGUGCUGAGCAGCGGAUUCCUGCCCACCAUCGAGUCCCUGGAUCUAUGGAUCACCUCUAUGCCCUUGUCCACAGCUACCUUGAAGUUGUUCAGCAGAACCCAUUCCCGACAGAGUUGCUGAGGGAUGCCCUAAAUGACCCACCGUCUGCCAAGACUCCACAGAUCCUCCAGUAUCAAACCGGAUAUAUCAUCUGUGCCACAAUUGCUGUCAUCUAUUUUGUGGCGGUGCCCAUGACCGGGUUGUGCCUCUGCUGCUGCCGGAAGCGCAGGCGCUGUGGCGGGCGGAUCAAGGCAUACCGCCGCUCCCUUCUCUGCCAGCGCAACCUCCUCAUGUUCUGCCUGCUCCUGACCACACUUGUCAUCCUAGGUGGUGUUAUCUGUGGUUUUGCUGCCAAUCAGAAGGUGAAAGAAGAGUUGGAGCCUGGCACCCGGGAUGCACUAAACACCCUGCAGGUUUUGAGGCACCACAUGAACUGGGUCCCCCGAGGAGUUCAGCUGACCGUAGAGCAGUUUACAGUCCCAAAACAGCAAAUCCUCAGUGACCUGAACAAUGUCAGCUGGACCAUUGGCACCACCAUCCACCUCCUGCUCAAGGGGAAUGUCUAUUCUGCCAUGGAUGCCUUGAAGGCCAGAGGGCAAGACCUACAGAACUCACUGCACCAUUUGCAGACUCUCAACAAGACUGUGGAGGCCCUGAUCCAGCAGCAAGAUGAGCUGGAACCAGCCCUGAAGGACAGGAAGCAAAGCCUCACUUCCCUCCUGGAGGAUCCAGGCUGCAUCUAUUGCGCUGGUGCCCUGAGCCAAGCUCAGAGUUUGGAGCUGGGCACUAACUAUCGCAAAGUACCUUCAGUAGAAAAGGUUUUGAAAACCUUGCAUGGGCUUCCCAAGGCUAAUUUCUCUGAAAUGGUUCGCCGGGCCAAUAACAGCUUCAACUCUAUCCCAGGACUAGCUCUGGUGAAGAUGGCGGACGUUGUUCAAGAGCUCAAGGAGGAAAUAGAGAAGGCCGCCCAAAAGUUGCAGUCCAUCAUGGACGACUUUCCGAUCUCAGAUCACACCCGUCCCAUGAAUGAUGCUCUGGUGAAGGCUGAGAACAAGAGCCGGCCCUAUUUUUUGGAGGCGAAACGCUACGAGAGAUACAGGUGGCUUGCAGGUGUCAUUGCCUGUACCGUCAUCUUGCUGAUCGUCUUCUGCAACUUCCUGGGGCUUUCCUUUGGCACAUAUGGGCUGGUCUUGCGAGAGGAUCCCAGUGAUUAUGAGAGGAGGGGAGAAGCUGGAGCCAGAUUACUCUUAAUCGGAGUCGUCUUCAGCUUCCUUUUCUCCUGGCUACUGAUUCUCUUGGUCUUCGGCACCUUCCUGCUUGGGGGGAACGUCCAGACCUUGGUGUGCAAGCACUGGGCCAAUCAGGAGAUCUACAGGUUCAUUGACAUGCCUGGCAACUUGCCUCCUUCCAUGAAUAUCACUGAGCACCUUGGCCUGAAGAAGAGCCUCAAGAUCACUUCUGCUUAUCAGCAAUGUAAGAAUGGGGCUGGUCUCUGGGAAGUUCUGCAGCUGGAGGACAAUUACACCCUUGACAAAUAUCUCCAAGUUUCCAAGUACACUGCAGAGUUUCAGAAGCGCUUGGACAAUUUCAAUAUCCGCUUUGAAGACAUCGUCCUGUUAAAUGCAGAAGGGAAGAAGGACCUGGAGACUUUCCGAGACAGCAGGAUUAACCGGGUAGACUAUGCAAACUUCAGAGCAGAGAUGCACAACCCUGUGGUGAGGACAAACAUUCAAGAUUUGGCCGUGGAACUUGAGAGACUUAGCAAGGUUCAGAACGACAGAGCCCUGUUUGAACGACUCACUGAAGAAGCUCGGAAGCUCAAGGAAAUUCAGAAUACGAAGGUCCUUGCAAUGGAGGACCUUGUGGCAAAGCUGAAAGAAAGUGUCGAUUACUUAUCAACGCUGGGACCUGGCUUCCAGGCUGAGAUAAACAAUACCGAGUCUCAGAUUGGCCUUAUUGAGAAGAUGUUCCCCAUACAGACUCGGAAAAUCCUAAGGCAGGAGCUGGAUUGCUUUGUAAGAAAAGAGGUGGGGUACGUCUCACAGUACCUGAAAUGGCUGAAGAGCGUGCUAACUGAGGAUGUUGCAUCAUGCAAACCCUUCUCCACUGCUCUAGACAAUGGCCGGGUGAUCUUGUGUGAUCGUAUUGCAGAUCCCUGGAAUGCCUUCUGGUUCAGCCUGGGCUGCUGUGCCUUCUUCCUCCUCCCCAGCAUCUUCUUCGCCAUCAAGACCACCAAGCAUUUUCGUCCCAUCAGGCACCGAUUAGUCUCUACUGGAUCAGAGGAAACUUACCCCUUCCAUAUCCCACGAGUCACGUCUCUGCGGCUGUGAGCAUGCGUUCAGAUAUCCAGGAAUCACCAUGGGAAAACGGCUGGAUCCUUCCAAGGGUGGCCCCCCGUGCUGUGUGGAGUUGAUACUGAGAUCUUCAUUAAGUGACUUCUCUUUGGACUGAAAACUUUUUAUCCCAUCGCUGUUACUCAUCUCAUCACAAAUUUGCUUUCCUUCCAAGUAUCCCUUGCUGGUCCUCCUCACUCAGAGAGAGCGAGUAAAUUAGUAGAUGAUGGCAAGGUAGUUGGUGUCCUCUUAAGCCUUUCUGUUCCUGGUAUGAGGCCUACAUGGCAACCAGAACCUUUCCAAAGGGGGAAGGCAUUCAAAACUCUGCUGCCUGUUUCACCACUUGGGAAGUUACUUUUUAAUAAUAACAUAGAUGAGACUGAGAAGGCAUGGAGAGUUCUGUAGAUUUCAGUUCUCACAGUUUCUCGUUUUUCAAAUUUUAAAUUCAGUUCUCCACAUUUCUGCAGCACUUUUUUUUUUUAAAAAAAACCCACAUCAUGAUAAAUCAUCAGCAUGUUAGUUGAUCUCCCCCUGAUAAACAUAAUAUUAUAUGCAGUGUGCUAUUUCCCCUAAUAUAUGCUUUUUUGUAAGCACUCUUUCUUGGAGAACUGCAUCACAAAAUUUCAAAUACGUGAGAAUUUUGAGGCACAGCUGUGUUUCAGUUUGCAUAUUAGAUUCAGCUUUGAAUGCAUCCUGAAUCAGUUUCCUCCUCCAUUUCUAGGGUAGGAUGAAUCCCCCACCUAGCAAGCAACAAGAACUGUGGUUGUGCUGGCUUGGGGUGUCUGCGGGAGUUGAGAAUUCCACAUUGUCAAAAGUAUCCAUCUCCCCACCCCCACCCAAAUCAAAAUCUCAGAUUUCAAUUUAAGAAUCUUUAUUUAUAUAAGAAAUGGAGGAAUGUGGGAUGAAGCAGAAAACUGAUAGGCACCAGAGGG